AUGGAAGCAGCUGGUGUUGGCGGAGAUGCAGCGGAUCCGAUGGCAAAACCACCAGUGUUGGUGGAAACAGUGGCAACAGACGAUGGUCUUAGUAGUAGAGAAUUAUGGUUGAGGAUGGACGGGAAUAUGGUGAAACUCACAAGACCAGACUGGUCUAUGAUGCUAUCCGAGAUCCUAGAGCAGAUUUGGAAGAGAAUGACAAUUCCACAUCAAGCUCAAGUAAGCACCGUGUGCAAAAAGUGGUAUUCUUCUACCACCAACAAGGCUAGCAUUUGGACUCCGGAUAUCCCUUGGCUCCUUGCUGAUGAAGACAACAGUUCACAUUAUAGGCUUUUCAGUGUCAUACUUGGAAAACCCUUCUUUAUCCCGAAACCAUUCACUCCUAUGGAUUAUUAUGCCUCAAUUAUCGGAUCCUGCAAGGGAUGGUUAGUCAUUGAAUCUGGAGAUGAAAUAUUUAUUCUGAACCUCUUUUCUAAAGUUCGUAUUGAUCUCCCUCCAGCUAUGAGCUCAAAACCUGGUAUUCGCGUGUCAACACCUUUAUUUUUCACGAUGUCGACGUGUGCCAUGUUGAAUCCCAUCACCGUUGCAGGUAUCACAUUUGAUUCAAACCUAAUUUGGUGCAACAUUGGAGACAAAGAAUGGAAAGGCUACAUAAGCAAUGAAAAAUAUGGUAAUAUUGCAUUUCACAAUGACAAACUUUAUGCCAUUAACAAAGAUGGUAACAAGGUUGACAUAUUCCGUUUUGAUAAUGACAAAGAUGAACUCAUUCACCAUGAUACUAUAUGUGCUACCAUCCCAACUGUGAGUCUAUCAGAUACAUUCGAUGUUUAUUUGGUGGAGUCUAAGGGAAAUAUUUUGGUUGUCAAGAGAUACUCUGACACUGUAAGCAUUAUUGACAAGACCAUUGGCUUUGACAUUUUCAAGGUACAAGAAAGAAGUACUAAUGGUGAUCAUUCACCCCAUCUGCUUGUCAAUGUGGAUAGCUUGGGAGAUCAAGCCUUGUUUGUCAGUGAUUUUUUUUGUGAAUCUCUUUCGGCUAACAAUUGUCCACAGCUUCGAGGAAACCGCAUAUACUUCAUUGGCGACUUUGAAAACGGUUAUCAAGCUGAAUUAGGAACCUUUUUGGUUGAUGAGGCGAAGAUCGCUAGGGAGUUAAUUCGUCAGAGUUCCGCCAAUUCUCCCAUUUGGCUCUGGCCUAGGACGUUUUCAUGUUUCAUUAAAGUAAGGAAUAAAGGGUGCAUACUUGGAUGCCCACAAAUUCAAAUGAGUGUAGGCUACAGGAGUGAAGUGUACCAAUAA